CUCGCCUGUGGGUCUCUGGCUCCCACGCUGUUGUCCGCUCACUUCAUGGCACUCCUCUUGCGGCUGCUGCCCCUGGCCCUGGCCCUGGCCCUGGGGCCUGAUGCCAGCCUGGCGGGACCCGCCAGGUCACCCUACCAACUGGUGCUUCAGCACAGCCGGCUCCGGGGCCGGCAGCACGGCCCCAAUGUGUGUGCUGUGCAGAAGCUCAUCGGCACCAACAAGAAGUACUUCACCAACUGUAAGCAGUGGUACCAGAGGAAAAUCUGUGGCAAAUCAACAGUCAUCAGUUAUGAGUGCUGUCCUGGUUAUGAAAAGGUCCCUGGAGAGAAGGGCUGUCCAGCAGCCUUGCCACUGUCAAACCUUUACGAGACCUUGGGGGUAGUUGGCUCAACCACCACUCAGCUGUACACGGACCGCACAGAGAAACUAAGGCCUGAGAUGGAAGGACCCGGCAGCUUCACCAUCUUUGCCCCAAGCAACGAGGCCUGGGCUUCCUUGUCAGCUGAAGUGCUGGACUCUCUGGUGAGCAACGUCAACAUCGAGCUGCUCAAUGCCCUGCGCUACCACAUGGUGGACAGACGGGUCCUGACGGACGAGCUGAAGCAUGGCAUGGCCCUCACCUCCAUGUACCAGAACUCAAAUAUCCAGAUCCACCACUAUCCCAACGGGAUCAUAACCGUUAACUGUGCCCGGCUGCUGAAAGCUGACCACCAUGCCACCAACGGUGUGGUGCACCUCAUCGAUAAGGUCAUCUCCACCACCACCAACAGCAUCCAGCAGAUCAUUGAGAUUGAGGACAUCUUCGAGACCCUUCGGGCUGCCGUGGCUGCAUCAGGACUCAACACGCAGCUCGAAGGGGAAGGCCCCUUCACACUCUUGGCCCCCACAAAUGAAGCCUUUGAGAAGAUCCCUACUGAGACCUUGAACCGGAUUCUGGGCGACCCAGAGGCCCUACGCGACCUGCUGAACAACCACAUCCUGAAGACGGCCAUGUGUGCAGAAGCCAUUAUUGCAGGGAUGUCUGUGGAGACCCUGGAGGGUACCACGCUGGAGGUGGGCUGCAGUGGGGACAAGCUCACCAUCAAUGGGAAGGCCAUCAUCUCCAAUAAAGAUGUCCUGGCCACCAACGGUGUGAUCCACUUAAUCGACGAGCUGCUCAUCCCUGACUCAGCCAAGACGCUAUUUGAGUUGGCCACGGAGUCUGACGUUUCCACAGCCAUUGACCUUUACAGACAAGCCGGCCUUGGCAGUCAUCUCUCCGGAAAUGAGCGGUUGACUCUCCUGGCCCCCCUGAAUUCUGUAUUCAAAGAUGGAACCCCGCCCCUUGAUGCCCACACCAAGACUUUGCUUCUGAACCAUAUGGUUAAAGAUCAGCUGGCCUCCAAGUAUCUGUACCACGGACAGACCCUGGACACCCUGGGUGGCAAAAAACUCAGAGUCUUUGUUUAUCGAAAUAGCUUGUGCAUCGAGAACAGCUGCAUUGCUGCCCACGACAAGAAGGGGCGAUAUGGAACUCUGUUCACCAUGGACCAGGUGCUGACACCCCCAAUGGGGACCGUCAUGGACAUCCUGAAGGGUGACCGUCGCUUCAGCAUGCUGGUAGCCGCCAUCCAGACUGCAGGGCUGACAGAAACUCUCAACCGGGAAGGGGUCUACACAGUCUUCGCUCCCACUGACGAAGCCUUCCAAGCCAUGGAGCCAGAAGAACUGAACAAACUCUUGGGCAAUGCCAAAGAACUCGCCAAUAUCCUGAAAUACCACAUUGGUGACGAAAUCCUGGUCAGUGGAGGCAUUGGGGCCCUGGUGCGGCUGAAGUCUCUCCAAGGCGAUAAGCUGGAAGUCAGCUCAAAAAACAAUGCCGUGUGUGUCAAUAAAGAGCCCGUCGCUGAAGUUGAUAUCAUGGCCACCAAUGGCGUGAUCUAUGCUAUCUCCAGUGUCCUGCAGCCGCCAGCCAACAGACCUCAGGAACGAGGGGAUGAACUUGCAGACUCCGCAUUUGAAAUCUUCAAACAGGCAUCAGCGUUUUCCAGGGCUUCCCAGAGCUCUGUGAAACUAGCCCCCGUCUAUCAGCGGCUAUUAGAGAGAAUGAAGCACUAGUGCAAGGUCCGCAGGAGGAAUACACGUCGGUAGCUCCCGUCAACUUCUCUCGGUUUGCAAAGAAACUGAAUGUUUUUGAACCAAAUAUCACACAUCAAUGUACAUGGGCCACACACUAUGAGACCUGAGCCUUGGGUGGGUAGUGGGGAGAGAGGAAAGACCCGGCCCCUCCAACAUGGCUGUUCACCCACCGCAUGCAGAGGUCUGGAUGUUGCUGCCUGGCACUCACUUCCAGAAUGGACCUGUCCUACAUGUGGAAUCUCCUGCCUAUGCCACGUGCUCUGGAAAAGAAGUGUAGUGGAGCUCACAAAACAUGAAUCAAGCAAGCUGGCAUUACAGGGAGUCCUGGCACAGGUUUUGUAAAGCUCUUUCCCAGCUGGAGAAAUGGCACCAUUAUAAGCUAUGAGUUGAACUGUUCUUUCAAGCGUGUCUCACACCACGUGGCUCGGACACUCCUGCGUGGCCCUGUCCAGGUAGAAAGAGAGGGUUGGGAGAGCCCGCAGAGCCAGGAUUCCCCAGGUGUGGCAGAGCCUGGUGUGUUUGUAAUAAUAAAA